UGGCCGCACGCAAUCAUUGAGUGAGGUUAUGUUAUAUUUUUUAUUUCAGUGGUUAAGCUAAAAAUACGCAUUAUUACAAUUGUCCAGCUGAACUGCAAGUUGUUAACAUUACUUAGGUUUCAUGUAAAAAUGAGUACUUCACGAGGCAACACAACACGACAAAGACCACAGAAAUACCAAAAUAAAACAGCUUUUAAAAAUGACUUGCAUGAUACAAGCCACAGGACUAAAAUUAUAAAUUCAUUAGAUAUAACUGGAGUGUGUAAACGCUGCAAAGAUAUCAUUGAAUGGAAAAUCAAAUACAAAAAAUAUAAACCACUCACAGCACCACGGAAAUGUGUUAACUGUGAACAAAAAACUAUAAAACAUGCAUAUCACAUGUUAUGCAGUAAAUGUGCUACUGAAAAACAAGUGUGUGCUAAAUGUUGCAAACCAGCUGAUAGUCCAGACGAAGAAAAGGUAGAUGAAUCACAAAAUACAGCUAUACAAAGUAUGUUAAAAGGUUUACCUGAAAGAAAAAGGAGGACUAUACUGAGAUAUUUGAACAAACAAGGUAGUGACCAACAGAAGACCAGUAUUGCUCACUUGGAAAAAAUGAUACAAGAAAUGGACAAAAUGGCUUUAGAAGAUGAUUUAGAUGACUUUUUUAGUGAUGAUGAUCCAAUCAGCAGUGACAAUGAAGGAAAAGAAUAGAUAUUAAUUAUAUGGAAUAUAUUUUAUUUAAAAAUUA